AUGGUUAUUAACACACCUUUAACCGUGCCAUGUGGCGCCAGCAGUCCUCCUGCUACCAGAUCACGCGUACAAAUCGAUUGGGAUAUUAAUGAUACCGUUAUACCCAUGGUCAAUGAAUUUGAUGAUUUUCAUGAUUGGGCCAAUGGUCACUGCAGAUUGGUCUAUCCAGCCACUAAUGAAGAUGCUAAAAAACAUUCUUCCGGCUGGGCCAUGAGAAAUACCAACAAUCAUAAUAUUAAUAUUUUGAAAAAAAGUUGUCUGGGAGUUUUAUUGUGUUCGGCUAAUUGUAAAUUGCCAAAUGGCAAUAGUGUUCAUCUUAGACCCGCUAUUUGCGAUAAAGCCAGACGUAAACAACAAGGAAAACAAUGUCCCAAUAGAAAUUGCACCGGACGCUUGGAAAUACAAGCCUGCCGUGGUCAUUGUGGCUAUCCAGUAACACACUUUUGGCGUCGUUCGGGAAAUGCUAUAUUCUUUCAAGCUAAGGGUACCCAUGAUCAUCCUAAGCCAGAAGCCAAAGGUUCCUCAGAAGCUAGAAGAUUAUUGGGCAGUGGACGUCGGGCCCGCAGUUUGGCGGUUAUGUUGGCCAGAGAUGCUGCUCUUAAUGAGAAAUUGAGCAGUUUAAGAGGUGUUAAGAGACAAAGUAAACAAAUGGAUACCAGCAAUGAUGGCUUAAUGCAGCAAACCGCUAAAAAGAAACGCAGCUUAAGAGACAUGACCAAUAGCUCCAGCAACCCAACCGUAGCUUAUCAACAUGAUGCAGCCCACUACGAUAACACCUUAACAAACUCCCAAUGGUUACCAGAAAUGAAUACUGCGGUAUAUAACACUCCUCUGCCGGAAUUCAACUACAACAGCCACAAUGUUAAUCUAGAUCCCAUGUCUUAUAAUAUACACUAUGAUACUGCCGCAAAUCAACAGCCCUUAAGCUCACCACACAACAACACAGCCUACAGCUAUAACUCCCAGCAAUACUCACCCAAUAGCUCCUUAAUCGAUGAUUCGGUAUUAUGUCAACAUACCGCCGGCAUCUAUGAACAACCAGCCUCGCAAACAUUACCCCAAGACUAUCCACUGCAAGAUAAUCAAAAAUGGAUGUAUGAAAGUUGUGAUGAUACCUCCAGCCUCACCAGCAGUUCCGGUUACAAUUCCGAUGACUAUUAUUUUCCCAAUUUCCUAUCCUCCACACUAAAUUCCUAUGAUGUCAAUGCUACAGUAGCCUUGGAAAAUCCCUCUUACUAUUCUCAAACACCCUCCUCAGCUGCCUCGCCCAACACUGCUGAUAUCUAUACGAAUGUGUUUGAUGGCGACCUACCACCAAGCUCCGCUUUGUAUGGCGCUGCUGAUAACUACCAGACAAACAUUUCACACUCUGGCUUCAGUGAUAACAUGCUUAAUCAAGGCGAGCAGCAGCAACAACAACAGCAGCAGCAGCAGCAACAAUAUCAUAACUUAUCUUCUUAUACUUCCGAUGCAGGUCCCGAUUUCUAUUAUAGCAAUUCGGGUGGUGAUAACGGUGGUGAAUGGAAUAUACAAAUGGAUUCCUCAACAACGAAUCUGUACUCAACUCAAACCGCUCUGCCAGCCAUGCAAAAUCAUAUGUUGCCUCUCUCAGCGGGAGUUUUUUAAUUACAACAUUCAUUUCCUUUAAACUCCAAACCUCGUUAGUUGAAGUUUAAGUUUAAACCAGAUCUUGUUAUUAUUCUGUUGUUUUCUUUUUACCACUAAUAUCAAAAAGUAUCUCCUCUUAUGGAAGCCUUUUUUUAUCUAAA